AUGGGUAACACGAGUUCCAAGAAGCGCCAAUCAAGUGUACCUAGUAGUAGAUCCCAUGAUAGCAUCAUAAAUGAUCAUUUAAACGAUCAGGAAAAAGGAAAAGAAAGAAAAGAAAAUGUAUAUGGAUCCGCAGGUCCUGUUAAUUCAUCAAAUAAGAACCCUCUAAGCGUAGAUACCACAAAUAAAAAUAAUUCAUCAAAUAAUAUUAUUUCACCUAAUUCUGGAGAUAGUUCACCAAUUUCACCUUCUUCGCCUAUAACGCCAAUGGAAUCAAUUCUUCUUAAACCUAGCGGAUUUACUGAUUCUAACAAUAAUAAUAAUGUGGAGGUUUUUAAUGCCAACAGUUUAACACUCUCAUCCCCCUUAUCUUAUGGAAGCAGCACUCCCAAUUCGUUUACAAAUGAUCGUACUAAAACUCUUGACAUAGAUGAUAUGAUACAACGUCUUAUUAUUGCGGGUUAUUCCAAUAAAGUUUCAAAAUCUGUUUGUUUAAAAAAUGCAGAAAUAAAUAGUAUCUGUCAAACGGCACGAGAAGUAUUUUUAUCCCAACCAACACUUAUUGAAUUAUCACCACCUGUUAAGAUUGUUGGAGAUGUGCACGGUCAAUAUUCAGAUCUUAUUCGAUUAUUUGAAAUGUGUGGAUUUCCCCCAGCGGCAAAUUAUCUAUUUUUAGGAGAUUACGUGGAUCGUGGAAAACAGAGUUUGGAGACCAUUCUUUUAUUACUCUGUUAUAAAAUCAAAUAUCCAGAAAAUUUUUUUUUGUUAAGAGGAAAUCAUGAAUGUGCAAAUGUAACCAGAGUGUACGGAUUUUACGAUGAAUGUAAACGACGAUCGAAUAUCAAGACAUGGAAAACAUUCAUCGAUGUUUUUAAUUGUAUUCCUAUCGCGGCAAUCGUAGCAAAUAAAAUAUUUUGCGUCCAUGGUGGAUUAUCACCUUCUCUUUCCUCUAUGGAUGAAAUUAGAGGAAUUCAACGUCCUACUGAUGUGCCAGACUACGGUCUUCUCAAUGAUCUGCUAUGGUCUGACCCAUCAGAUACGGCAGUUGAUUGGGAAGAUAAUGAAAGAGGUGUAAGUUAUUGCUUCGGGAAAGCAAUUAUUCUCGAAUUUUUGCAACGUCAUGACUUUGAUUUAGUAUGUCGAGCACAUAUGGUAGUAGAGGAUGGAUAUGAAUUUUUUAAUGAUAGGACACUUGUUACCGUGUUUUCAGCACCAAAUUAUUGUGGAGAAUUUGAUAAUUUUGGAGCAGUAAUGAGUGUGAAUGAGGAACUUUUAUGUAGUUUUGAAUUACUUAAACCACUUGAUGCAUCGAUGCUGAAACAACAAGGAAAGCCAAAGAGACGACCAAGUGGUAUCAUUGGACCGCAUAGUCCACCUGUUGUCGGCGUUCCACAGUCAGUGUAG